CUUGGUGACUGAAUCAUGCAAAACAAAGAGAGUCCUACAGGGUCCUACUCAAAUCUGAAGGUUACUGUUCUUAGAGCAGAGACCAGCUAUUCCCGUGAUUAUUGGUCAGAGUCAGACUGCUAUGUCACUUUACAUCUGCCCACGGCCUCCUCGAAUAUUCACCGUACCGAGACUGUCGACAAUAGCAGCACCCCGGAGUGGAAUGAAACUUUCGACUUUAGGGUCCAGACUCGUGUAAAGAACAUCCUGGAGAUUAGACUGUAUGAUGAGGACACUUUCAUAGAUGGUGAUGACUUGUGUUCAGUUGUGUUAUUUGACAUCAACAACCUCGUACCAGGAGUGAAGGAGACUAAAGUCUUCAACAGAGACUCACAGACGAAUGAUGAACUGUGGAUGGAAUUUCAGCUGCUUGAGUGUGGUGAUCCUCCUUGUAAAUAUAUUUCAAACGGAGUCCUAAUGGCUGCCCCAUUCACUGCUGUGGAUGUUAGUUUGAUCAACAACAACUUGAACCCGGACAUUAUUUUGAGACUAACAGGAGCAUAUAAUGAAGAUCAAAAGAUGGCCAGUUCAGAACAAAUAACAGCGCUAGCAAAAACCUUGCGGUUCUAUGUGAACAGAGAUCUGGAGACAGAACUCAUGAUAAAUCAGCUGGACAGCUCGAGUGGCAGUUCAGCAAAUGCUGUUCAGCUUAAGAAAUUGCCAGCCAAAGACCAAGUUAACGUGUCUAUUCCCUUUGGAGAGGAAAAGCUGGACUUACAUUUGAAAAUGGAGGACUGCCCAGAGAAAGAUUUUCAAGUUCGUUUGGAUUUCAACCUUUCACCCCAAGAGAAGAAGUUCCUGGAGCAGAGAAGAGUGGUGGUGGAUCAGGCCUUAAAGAAAGUGUUGAAGCUUAACUCUGCCCGUACCCUCAAAAAGGUACCUGUAAUAGCUGUUGUGGCCUCAGGGGGCGGGACUAGAGCUAUGACUGGCAUGUAUGGGAGCCUGAGGGGCCUACAGAGAAUUGGCCUUCUGGACACUGUGACUUAUAUUACUGGAGUGUCUGGUUCUACUUGGGCCAUGGCCAAAUUAAACGAGCAAGAUGAUUGGUCCCAUUGUGACAUGAAAAAGGCAAUUGCUGAACUGGAGAAGGAGAUCACAAAGAGUGUUCUUAGUGCCUUCACCAUGGAGAAACUGCAGUAUUACCACACUGAAACUGGAAAGAGAGAGCAGGAGGGACACCCGGUGUCACUCAUAGACAUGUGGGGAUUGGUCAUUGAGGAGCUGACCCAUGGGAAGAAAAACAGCCAUACUCUGUCUGAGCAGCAGAGGGCAGUGUCAAAGGGCCAAAACCCCCUCCCCAUCUACACUGCUGUCAAUAUGAAGGAAGGAAGGAAAGGCACUACAGCUGAGAAAGAAUGGUGUGAGUUCACGCCAUAUGAAGUGGGGAUCCCAAAGUAUGGGGCUUUUGUCCGUGCUGAAGAUUUUGGCAGUGAAUUCUACCUAGGAUACAUGAUCAAGAAGCUCCCAGAGACACGUCUCCCCUAUCUGAUAGGAAUCUGGAGUAGUGUUUUCUCUUUGAACCUGACUCAGCUGUGGACAGCUUGCACUGGAAUGCUACCUUCCUGGAGCCCAUGGCUGGGGGAGAAUGUGAGCAACAUAGAAGCAGACAGUGAGCCAAUUACCCUGGACACAUAUCUCCUCACGCCGAUCACCAGCACGGCUAGCGUGGUCUCCAGCUUUUUCAAGAGCCGACCGGUCAUCACUGAGAUAUACAACUUUAUGCGUGGAUUCUUUAUGCAUUACAAUUAUAACAAAAACUCAAACUUUACCGCCUGGAAAGAUAGCCACCCUGAUGCCUUCCCAAACAACCUAACACCAGCUGAUUCCAAACUGCACCUAGUUGAUGCUGGCCAUGCAAUAAACAUUGGUUGCCCUCCAGUGUUGCGUCCCCAGAGGGGUGUAGAUGUCAUCCUGACUUUCAGCUACUCAUGGGAUCCGCAGGAUGUUUUAAAGGUUAUAAAAAUGACAAAUGAUUACUGUGAAGACCACAAGAUACCCUUCCCCCACAUUGACUUCAGCAAGCUCCAGGCUGAGCCUGUGAGAGAGCUCUAUGUAUUUGAAGACAAAGAGAACCCAGAGGCUCCCAUUCUGCUGCACAUGCCACUUGUCAAUGUUUCUUAUCGAGAGUUCAAGGCUCCUGGUCAACCACGGAAAGGUGAGGAGGAGAUGGAGGCGGGGAAAGUUGAUGUUAGCUCUGACUCUUCUCCCUACAAGACCUCCAACCUGACCUACUCUGUGAAGGACUACAGGUCACUGGUGGAUCUCACCACCUACAAUGUUGUCAACAACAAGGAUGCGAUCUUGAAGGCUCUUCGCAGUUCCCUGGAGAGGGCAGUGCCUGUGAAGGAAGAAGCCAAUCAGGAUCAUUGCCACCACUAACAUGUGGGAACCCUGUUAGAGUAAGAGAAAACACACCAAUAAUGGGUAUUUAGAAUUUAGGUUUUUGUCAAUCUAAAAUAUUCCGUUCAGUGAGGAAAGUGGUAGAAUUUCUGUAGAAACAUUGGUAUGGAGAACCAUGCAUGUUUCACAAAGACAUGGACAUUUAAAAAUACUAUUUUAUAAGGAUUUGGUUAUUCCGCCAAGAAUUAAAUUCAACACAGUUUGUAAGGCCGGGUGUCAACCUGCCCCCCACCUCUCAUAUGCUAAAAUCUGGAGUUGCUGGACAGAGCUUCUGCUUGAUGAGUCUCACACCUCAUUGUGUAACUUAUUGUCGCAUUGCUAGUCAUAUGUUGAUGAAUAAGGGUCAAGAUGUGGUCGGAUUGGUUGUUCUACAGAUAAUAGUUGGGUAUAAAGAGAGUUGUGAAGCAACUUGUGAAGCAUUCUUGAUCUCCUGAGAACUUCUCCUCAGCUCAUUCUCCUUGCUCAUUUCUUGAUUUAUUUAUCUGAUUUUACAAUAAUCGUGGUAGAGUAGGUAAGAUUUAAAACCUUAAUCUUUGUAACAUGUUUGCCUUGUAAUUGAUUUCAUUCAUUUGCAAUGUUAUUAUUUAACUUUGACCAUUCUUGCUCUGAUUUCACCCAUAGACUCAAAUAACUGUAAUUCCAGCAUAUUUGGUUAACUCCAGGUUCACAAUGACUCUUAUUGAGAGACUUGUUGCUCUUGUUGGUUAGUUGUAACUGACUUAAAACUAUUGUACUCGUGGUGAAAUAUAUUUUUGUUGCUUGCUUUUUUUCCACAGGUACACCCUUGCAUUUUUGAGGUUCAUGUUGUUUAAUUGUAACUUGUUUAACUACAUGCUCUUAUGGUUCUUCCCUUUGGGACUUAUUUCAUUUUCACAGUGUAUGUUUCAUGUUUUGGCUAUCCGCAAUGUUUGGGGCUAUCUCGUUGUUAUGAUCAGUGACAUAUGCACUUUUGUAAAGCUCUCUUUUGGAAGUCGCUUUGGAUAAAAGCGUCUGCUAAAUGCAUAAAUGUAAUGUAAAUGUAAUGUUAAUACACUGUUCAGUUUACCUCUCUUCCUUUAGGGAAUAGUUUUGGUUGUUUGCCAAAUCUUAAACUCCCCACGGUUGAUCCUAUUGAAAUAAGAUAAGCCUGAAAAUUACCAAGACAUUAAUGUUUCAAUACAAUACUUUCCACAUAUAAAAUCUCAAUCAGUGUUUGAAAACCCAAGGCAUGAUUAACUAUACCAUGUGUGAUUGCUAUGCUGGAAGCACAUUUGUUUAGUACAUUUAGGGAGGGGGGGUCUGAGACAGCACGAAGGUUAAAAGAAAAUGCUUCACUUUAUUUUUGUAGGGGAUUAUAACGAGUACAAAAUAAGUCAGACUAAUCCAGUCAGACUAACUUGCUCUGAUUGGUUGUUUUACAGAUAAUAGUUUGGUAUAAGGGGAAUUAUGAAGCAUUGUUCUGGGGAUUCUUGAUCUUAUACAAAUAUAAAGUGUAGACCAGGAUAGGCCUAUAUAUAAAUAAAUCCAGUGUGGAAGGAAGGUUUGGGGGUAAU